AGGGCGAAUCCAUUAAACUCGAUCAACCAUUAACGAGUAAUCCUAAUGUGGAUGGAUUUGGUCAAGGGGAUGCGGAAAUAGUACUUCAAGAUCCAUUACGUGUCCAAGGCCUUUUGUUCUUCUUAGGAUCGGUUGUUUUGGCACAAAUCUUUUUGGUUCUUAAAAAGAAACAGUUUGAGAAG